AGAGAGAGAGAGAGAGAGGGGGAGCUGUGCACGUUUUUUCUUCAUCAUUCAGGAAACAACAUCAGCGAGCGACUCUAAAGAGUCUAAACCAAACACAGACAAUCAUUCAGGCAGAUAAAGAGAGAGAGAGAAAACGACAGAUCUGAGAGGCGGUCUGUAUCUCUCACCUCCUAGCAUCUGUGUGUCCUCCAUCCUUUCUGCUCCUCUAAGGAAGAGGAGAGCCGAGUCCCCUCCCUCCCCACCCUCCUCUCCUCGGCUGCCAGCACACACAGAAAAACAGAAAAUCAAACGCUUUUAUUCAUUCCUCAGUCUGCUCCGGUCUUCUUUCGGGAGCCAGCGGCUUGCCCAUGUCCGUCAACUCGGAAAAAUCUUCUUCUCCGGAAAGACCCGACACUCAGAAGGUUCUGUCUGCACCUCCUCCUCCUCCUCCCCCACCCGAGCCUGUUGCCCCCCCAGAACCCGAGGAGGAGAUUCUGGGCUCUGAUGAUGAGGAGCAGGAAGACCCCGCUGACUACUGCAAAGGGGGAUACCAUCCAGUGAAGAUCGGAGACCUUUUCAAUGGAAGAUACCAUGUUAUCCGAAAACUAGGAUGGGGCCAUUUUUCCACUGUCUGGCUGUGUUGGGAUAUUCAAGGGAAGCGGUUUGUUGCGAUGAAGGUUGUUAAGAGUGCUCAGCACUACACAGAGACGGCCCUGGAUGAAAUAAAACUUCUUAGAUGUGUACGAGAGACAGAUCCUGAUGACCCUAAUAAAGACAUGGUUGUUCAACUAAUAGACGACUUCAAGAUCUCAGGGGUGAACGGGAUUCAUGUUUGUAUGGUGUUUGAAGUUCUUGGUCAUCAUUUACUAAAGUGGAUCAUAAAGUCUAAUUAUCAGGGUUUGCCAUUACCCUGUGUCAAAAGUAUCAUUAGACAGGUUUUACAGGGGCUUGAUUACCUGCACAGUAAAUGUAAGAUCAUCCACACGGACAUCAAACCAGAAAACAUCCUGAUGUGUGUGGAUGAUCGCUUCAUCCGGAGGAUGGCUGUAGAGGCCACAGAGUGGCAGAAAUCAGGAGCGCCACCUCCGUCUGGAUCUGCUGCUGGUCGUGGUCGCUAUGGCGAUAUGGUUGGGAUGCUUUUACACGAGUUCAGCACAGCUCCUCAACUUAAACAGGUGGGAAAGAUCUCCAAAAAUAAAAAGAAGAAGCUGAAGAAGAAGCAGAAGCGUCAGGCCGAGCUCCUGGAGAGACGCAUGCUGGAGAUUGAAGCUUUGGAGCGAGAAGCAGAAAAGCAGAAAGCUCCAAACUCCGCCCACAGCCCCACCCUAGCACUGGGGGACAGCGAGGAUGAUGAAGAUGAUGACGAGGAUGAGGAAGAGGAUGUCGAGGGAGAGAAAGAGCGACCCGUCAGGCUCACAAACCACACAUGUGCAGAUGCAGGUCACCAGGACAUUGAGGAGAAUGAAGAAGACUGUGACGUCCCCCACACCAAAGACUCUACAGAUGAAGAAGAAUCUGUAGUAGAGAUACGCGCGCACGCUCCACACGACAAACAAGACGUUCCCGAGAAAGAGGAGGCGACGGAAAACCCGAAAGAAAGAGAAGAGCAACAUGAAAGUGAAGAAACGAAAGAAGAAGAAGAAGAGGAAGAAGAGGAAGAAGAAGGGGAAGAAGAAGAAGAAGAAGAGGAAGAAAAUUUUGCUGACAUGAUGAAGCAUGGCCUCAGUGAGUCAGAUGUGGGCAUUUACAAGUUCAUCAGUGAUCAUGAAGGAUUCUCGGGCAUUUUAAAGGAAAGAUACUCAGACUUUGUGGUCCAUGAGAUUAAUAAAGAUGGGAAGAUUGUUGCUUUGGAUGACCUGUCGGUUCCUGCUGAUGUUGAGGAAAGCUCCAGCGACCUCAGUAACGCCGAGUGUCCGGUUCUGACGGAAGAGCAGAAACUACAGCUGUCUGAACUACAACAUUUCAAAAACAAAGAGGGAAAUGUGUCCAUCGAGGUGGUCGAAGACUCAAAGGAGAAUCGCACUUUACUGCACAAAGCUGUGAAGACUCUGUUUCCUGGCCUGGAAACCAAAACUGAAGAGAGAGAAGGAAAACGAUUCAUUGUGGCGUAUCACGCUGCUGGGAAGACGGCUCUGUCAGAGGUCAGAGUCUCAGCAGCCCCUCGAAAGCAUUCCUGGCCGAAGAAUCGAGGAAGUUUUUGUCAUUUCGUUCUCUAUAAAGAAAACAAAGACACCAUGGAUGCCAUCAACGUCCUCUCAAAGUUCCUCAGGGUUCGACCCAACAUGUUUUCCUACAUGGGCACGAAAGACAAGAGGGCCGUCACCGUUCAAGAGAUUGCAGUACUGAAAAUAAGCGCUGAAAGAUUAUCUCAUCUGAACAAGUGCCUCAUGAACUUGAAGCUGGGAAAUUUCAGCUAUAAGAGUCACCCAUUAAAACUGGGAGAGCUGCAGGGGAAUCACUUCACCGUCAUUCUCAGGAACAUUUCUGGCUCGCAGGAACAGGUGGAGCGUGCCAUGACCUCACUUAGGGACAGGGGUUUUAUUAACUACUAUGGCAUGCAGCGUUUCGGGACCACGGCCGUCCCCACUCAACAGGUCGGCAGAGCAAUAUUACAGAACAACUGGAAGGAGGUGAUGGAUCUCAUCUUGAAACCUCGGGCUGGAGCUGAAAAAAGCUAUCUGGUGAAAUGUAGAGAAGAGUGGGCACGUUCACAAGACCCAGAAGCAGCUUUGAAGAAACUUCCGGUCAAACGUUGUGUUGAGGGGCAGUUACUGAGGGGUCUGGUGAAGUACGGCAUAAACAACAUCAUCACAGCAUUCGGACUGAUCCCUCGUAACAAUCGGUUGAUGUACAUCCACAGUUAUCAGAGUUAUGUGUGGAACUUGAUGGUCAGCAAACGUGUGGAAGCGUUUGGUCUGAAAGCUGUGGGUGGAGAUUUGAUACUCAAAGGAGGCAGUGCUCACGUGCUGUCAGAUGAUGAAGCAGAGAAACGAUCUAUUCACGAUGUGGUGAUGCCACUCCCUGGGUUUGAUGUCAUUUACCCCACUCACAGCGUGGGCCAGUGCUACAAAGAGACGCUGGCGGCCGAUAACCUGGACAUCCACAACAUGAGGCACAAAGUUCGCGAUUAUUCUCUUGCUGGUGCUUAUCGACGAGUCGUCAUACGGCCCAGUGAUGUCAGCUGGGAGUUGAUUGAUUACGAUGAUCCACGCGUGAGUCUCGUUCACACAGAUGUUGAGAAGUUAGAGAACAGACCGGCUCCAGUCUACCUCAAAGAAGGGAAAUAUCGAGCUCUGAAGAUGGAGUUUUCACUGCCAUCCUCUACCUAUGCCACCAUGGCCAUCAGAGAAGUCCUGAAGAUGGACACCAGCAUCAAGAAUCAGACGAAACUCAACACCACCUGGUUUAACUGACCAAUCAGACGCCAGCUGCCUGGAUCACAUACAUAAGGGCUUGAACAUGUCGAGCUCAUGCAGUAUUGGCUCUGUCUAAAAUACAGCUUUAGUUCUUUACAAGCUACUUGGGAUUUUUCUUGUUUUUAAAAAAACAUGUUGUUUUUAUCAGUCGGAUUGUUUGCAGCUUGUGUCUUGAUUGGUUUUGCUGUCAGACUGUGGACUGAGACAAUGAUUUAUUACUGUAACCUGUUUGACUUCUGCUCAAAACAUUUCACAGUGUAAAUAUUAUAUUCUUAAUAAACAAGCCACACAGAU